AUGGUGUUCGCGUGGUCGUUCCUUGGGUUCGAGACCCACUUCUCCAUUCGAGGCCGAAAAAGGCGCUUCUUGCGGCCCUUUUCGAGCCUCUCGUUCGUGGCAUUGCUGUACCUGCUGUUGUUCAGCAUGAGCAUGGCCAUAUGGAUAUUCGGCACUUGGGCCAUCGUCAAGGACCGCGUAGGCAACAGUUGCGCGAACGAAGUUCCCCUGCUUUACUCCUUCUGCGUGGCCUUGGUCGCCGUGUACUGGGUCGGUGUGGUGUUCGGAGCCGUCGGUCUGAUAAAGGUCCUGUUCGGCAAGAAGAUCCAGAGCGGGGCCCAAGCGACCGUCGAGAAGGGGAAGCAAUUCGCGCAGAACAGAGACAAGGAACAGGUUCUCGAGGCGGAGCAGCAAUUGGUCGCACGAAAGUUCGACGCUCGCGACGAGGAAGGAAAUGGCACCAUCGAUCGUCAACAGGCGGAGGAGCUAAUAGAGGAGCUGGGCAUUGGGCUGAGCAGCAAGAAGCUGAAGAAGGCCAUGGGCCAGCUAGACCCAGCAGGGGAAGGGGUGGUUUCGAAACAAGACUUCAUCGAGUGGUAUGCCGAGAACGGCCAAGGAGGGUGACAGCCCCGAAGAGCCGACUCUGCACCACCCAGACGAGAUCUUCGCCGGUUGUGCCAUCGCAAGGGGUUGGCUGUUGAUGACUGUGGUGGCACAGUGCUGCGUAGUAGGUGGUGAUGGCGAAGCUAGUCCUCACACAUUGAGUGACGAUAAGGCUCAGAUGCUGCGGAGACCCAGGAAUGCGCACUGCUUCAUGCUUGCCCGACUGCGCACUGCCGGCGGGAGGUCCUCAAGUUAGUGCAUGGCCAUGCCCU